ACGAUGCACUGAAAAGCAACUUGGGUGUCUCCUUGAGAACUGGUUUGGUUAUUUUCGAGACGCUUUGGAUCUUGUGUCGCCUCUGCUGCCGCUCUCCUCCGCUCGGCACCGUAAGCAACAAAGACACGCGCGGCACGUCCAAGAUGAUGAACUUCACGAAGCACUUCAUCGGUGGGAUCCUGAAUGUGGUCAGCAACAUCGAUCCGGCCAUGUUCAUCCCGUCGGAACCGCCCCCGCCCCGCAGACCUCUGGCGUUCGAGGAGGCCCACGAGAACGAUGAGGAGAAAGCCUUUCGCCGAGCCUUCAAGAAGUUGGCGGGAGACGACAUGGAGGUGAACCCCAAAGAAUUGAUGCACAUCCUCAACCAAGUUCUCACCAAGCACGGCAACUUGAAGACGGACGGUUUCAGCAUCGAGUCGUGCAGAAGCAUGGUGGCGGUCAUGGACAGCGACAGCACGGGCAAGCUGGGCUUCCACGAGUUCAAAUAUAUGUGGAACAACAUCAAGAAAUGGCAGGGCAUCUACGUGUCUCACGACAAGGACAAAUCGGGAGUCAUCUGCAGCAAAGAGCUGUCGCAGGCCUUCAAGGCGGCAGGCUUCCCUCUGAACGACCAGCUGUACAAGAUGAUCAUCCGGCGCUACAGCGACGAGCACGGCGACAUGGACUUUGACAACUUUGUCGGCUGCCUGGUGCGACUGGACGCCAUGUGCAGAGCCUUCAAGACUCUGGACAAAGGAAAUAGUGGUUCCAUUAACCUGGACAUCAAAGAGUGGCUUCAGCUGACCAUGUACUCGUAAAGCUCGGCCGUUGCCGGCGGGACCGAAGCUCCCCAAAAGGACGUCGGCGGAAAAGGCCCGGCCGCCAUGUGAAGUUCCCGUCGCUGCCGGCAGGUGGCGCCACAACAACAUUGUUUAAAAAUUAAAAAAAAGAAAAACCUCCUGA